UCGACAUUUUCAGAAGUUUCAGACCAAGACAAAACAGCCUUUCCCAAAAAUGCAGUCGCUCCUGUUCUUAUCCAUGCUGGUCUUGGCCUUGUUCUCUGAAGCAGACCAGAGCCCGGUGGCUGACUUGGACUUGGACCAGGAUCUUGAGCAGGACUUAGACAUGGAGCUGACACGCCACAGACUGCUGCAGAGAGCCCGGACCGCUGGACUCCUCUCACAGCGAGUGGUGAAGGACCUCAUAUUGGCUCAAAUGUCCCUCCCUGAAGACAAUGCUCUACCAGAGGAGUCAGCUGGUCACAUGAACCUUCAGCGCUCAGUGGAGAACCUGCCUCCAAGAGAACGCAAGGCUGGCUGCAAGAACUUCUACUGGAAGGGCUUUACUUCCUGUUAGAUGCACUCAGCUCCUCUUAGCCAUUAGCCAACCACAACACACAACCAAUAAAGAACCUGACAUAAAAAUCACAAUGAUCUAGUCACUUACCACCUAUUACUGUGUAAAUACUAAAAUUAAUAAAAGUUAAAUUCAAUCAGCUUUGGUUUGUUUGAUUUUCAGUGCACUGUUCAAUCUUGCAUCAGAAUUUCUUCUGUUAGUCACAAAUGUAUUGCUGUUUGACAGUGAGCUCAAAAUGGAUUAUUGAUACAAAAUAAAUAAAUAACUAC